AAGACUGAUAAAACUUCCCCUAGAAUAAUGGCGACUUGGGCCAGGUUAGGCGCUACUUUGCGAAGUACAGCCAAAAGUUUCUGGCCUGUCAGAAGUAUAUUUUACCGUCGUGCUUUUGGAGCGGGUCUGUUGGGCUCUGUUGUAGCAGGAGGAUUUAUUUACUAUAAGAAUGAACCGCGAUGGAGACUGUGGCCACAUAUCGUGUACGCGGAGGACGAGAAGCAAGAGCAGAUCAUGGUACCACAGAUGUCCAUGAGGCGCCGCCGGUUUAACCAGUUUGCCUCCAUGAUAUAUGAGGAUGAGCCAUACAUGACACCCAGAGACUUCCUCCAUUCAGUCUUGAUGGAGAAAGUGGACCACAAACUAAAGAAAAAGGUGUUGACCAAAGCAGACUUGGACGAAAUGAUAAAGGUUGCUUCCAAAGCCGAGGCAGGAAAUAACCUGUUCAGAGGAAUCGGUGACAAGGGGUUGAUCUCUUACACUGAGUACCUGUUUCUCCUCACUAUUAUUACAAAAUCUGACACAGGAUUUCAUAUUGCUUUCAAAAUGCUUGAUAUUGAUGGCAGUGAGACUGUGGACAAGAUGGAAUUUCAGAAGCUGAAGAAAGUAAAUGGACCAAAGAAAGAGCUACUAAGGCAGGGUGGGACAGAGCUUUCAGACAAUGCUGAUGAGGUUGACACUACACUACAAGUGUUCUUCUUCGGGAAAGAUGGCAAUAAAAAACUCCAGUACAAAGAUUUCUGCAGGUUUAUGGAAGACCUGCAGGCAGAGGUGCAAGAGGUUGAGUUCACACAGUUUUCUAAAGGAAUGAAGACCAUGAGGAGGGAGGAUUUUGCUGAAUGGCUGCUUCAUUUCACUAAUGAAGAGGACAACGAGGCAUACCAGGACAAUAUGAGAAAGAGAAUCCCCACUGGACAGAGCAUCACCUUUGAUGAAUUUAAAGAGUUCUGUCUCUUUACCUACCAUCUGGAGGACUUCGCCAUCUCUGUCAAGAUGAGUAUUGAGGGCAGCAAGCCUAUAGGAUUGGCUCAGUUUAAGCGAGCGGUGAUGAUCGCGACUGGUCACGAACUUUCAGACAACGUUUUAGACACAGUUUUCAAGCUCUUUGACAUGGAUGGAGACGACUGUCUGAGCCAUAAAGAGUUCCUCGCUGUGAUGAAAGACCGAGUACAUCGUGGCCUGAGGGUUCAGCCCCAGUAUGGUGUUUCGGGUUAUUGGAAAUGUGUGAAAAGGGAGACAUUGGAAGGAGCUCAAGAGGCUCUCCGUAAAAACGGCAGUCCUAUCUGACUCGAGAAGAGUGUCUGGCAAGUGGAAUGUGGUAUACUUCUGGGGAAAAAAAAAAGUAUGAUACACGGUUAAUUAUCUAAAAGAAGCAGGGCUUGAACAUUGUACUGUCAUUUUCCAUUUAAAUGUUUACAUGGGUGCAAAGAUUUUUGCUUAAAAAGUGACAAUGGCGUUGGCCCAAAAAUAGUGAAUGUGUAAAAUAAAAAUAAUCAUAAUUGAAUAAUAUUGUGGUGAUAAACAGUAUUGAAAAUAUGUGGAUUUUUCAUUGAAUUUGUGAAAUACUGUAGUCUGUGACCACUCCAGCAAGAUUACACUGUCACUUCAUCAUUUCAUAGGAAACAUGUUUAAUCAUAUUUAUCCUUUAUUUUAUUUGAAGUGUGGUGGUCUUUUUAUAUAUCCUCUUUGUAAAGCUUUUGUGGAAGAUAACACUUACCAUGUGAGACAUGGAAAUGUGCAGUGCUGAUGGUCCUCCAGGAACAUGGUUGAAAACCACUGGUGUAGAGCACUUUUGUACUAGUUUUGUGACUGAACAAAUGUGCAAUUCCAUUUUAAAUGGGCUCAUUGUAAAAAUAGGUUUUCCCCCUUUUUGAGAAAAGGAAAGUACACUGUGAAAUACAGUUUUCUUCUUUAUUGAAGGAUUCCAUGUGGUACUUGUGAGGAUGGACUGCGAGCAGGUGACACUGCUAAAAUGAGCAAUUCCUCCAUGUUUAAAGUUUCUGUACUGAGAGGUCACUUUAGAUUUUCUUUUGGCCUCAUGCGUUCACGUGAUGCAAAUUCACAUGUCAGAGUUCAUCAAGCUUUAAUUUUGAUACACAGCGAAAUAUCUUCACACAGAUCUGCAUUUUUUGCUUAAUGCAUUCACAUGCAUAUGAAUGGAAUGCAAGAGAACAAACACGAAGUCUAGUGUGACAUGACUUUGAUAUUAUGUAAUCGGUUAUGUUUGGUUGUGGUGUACCAUAUACAUGUUUUUUUUUUAAAGUUUUCAAUAUAAAAAAACUGUACUAUAAUUUAGGUGGUGGACAUGAAAUGCCAGUAAUGCAUUAUUCCUUCAUGAAUAAAAAAAGCUAAAACGCAAA